AUGAAGUUUGAAGAGUUGUUAUCAAGUAAUAAUAAUAUAGACAUUAAAGAUAUAAAGGAAUAUAAUAGUUUAAAGGCAGUUAUAGAUGAAUUUAAUAGUUUGAAUAAUAGUUUUAAAGAUUAUCAAGAGAUUGUCGAAAUGUCUAAAAAAGAAGGUGAUCAAGAAAUGUUAAAUGAAUCAAGAAAUUUAUUAAAUUCAUUAUAUAGUAUAUGUACAGAUUUAGAGAUCAAUGUUUUAAUGAUAGGUGAGGAAGAUGAUAACAGUUGUUUUAUAGAGGUGCAUGCUGGUGUGGGUGGUGCAGAUUCAAUGGAUUGGACUGAAAUAAUUCAUAAAAUGUAUAUUAACUGGGCAGAAAGAAAAGGUUUUCAAGUAUCUAUAAUUGAAUCAAUACCGGGUGAAUUUGGUUUAAGACGUGCAACUUUAAAAAUAGAUGGAAAGAAUGCAUAUGGUUGGUUGAGAACUGAAAUGGGUAUCCACAAAUUAAUUAGAAUAUCACCUUUUAGCCCAGACUUUAAAAGACAUACAUCUUUUGCGUCAGUUGUGGUAUAUCCAAGCUCUGACAACUCCAUCAAUGUAGAUUUAAAACCAAAUGAUUUAAAAAUCGAAUUCACUCGUUCAUCAGGAGCAGGUGGCCAACAUGUAAACACAACCGAAUCGGCCGUUAGAAUUGUACAUAUACCAACAAAUAUAUCUGUGUUUUGUUCAUCUGAAAGAUCACAACAUCAAAACAAAGCCAUUGGCUUGGAUUUAUUAAAAACUAAAAUUUUUAGACACUAUUUAAGUAUAAAAAAUGAAAAAGAAAAGAAAUUUAGGGAUGAAUUGGGUACCAAUGGUUUUGCUAGUGGUAAUAUCGUUAGAAGUUAUACCAUGCAUCCUCAAGAAAGAGUUAAAGAUCAGAGAACAGGUUUUGAAACAUCACAAUUAUCAAAAAUUUUAGAAGGAGAUGAAGAAUUAGAUAAAAUGAUAAAACUGGCCCUAUCAGUGUCUCAAUAA